AUGGCAGACAAAGAAGCUGCGGAAGGGCUGGUUGUGCCCAAGUUCUCAUCGUUCAAGUCGAAGCCUUCAGCUCAAACCCAAAAAGAUCCAGAACGUGCUAAAUCGUCUUCGAAAAGAACCAGAGAUGAUGAUAGAAGUCAUCGAGGUUCUCAUAGAGAUGAGAAGAGACGCCAUAAAGCAGAUGACCGACGCGUGUCAGACAAAGAGCAACCAGGCAGAAGCCAAGGCGCGCCCAAGACAGCAUCAAGCAAAGACGUCUACUUCCUAGUCGAUGUCAAAGGUGACCCGCUCAUAAGAAAAUACGGAGGAUCAAACAAAUGGGCCACUUACAGAUACCAGAGACAUGGGAGGGGCAGGAUUCUAGGGACAGAUGGACGACUACUCAUUGAGUAUGAGGGCUCAAGACAGGUCUUCAGCAUUCUCUGGCCAGGGCAAGGUCUUUACUCUUCGAAAAAUAGGGAUGGGCUACGUGCAAGGCAUACAGUUGUCAGCAAAAGAAACAUUCGCCUCAGGCGUACUCGAACUGACAACGAAGAUGCUGAUAACGAUGGAUAUAUUGCUGUGGACCAUUCGCAGAAGCCAGAUGUCGACGACUCUUCGGAGGAUGACAGCAAAACAUCGUAUCGAUCAAUCCAUGGCAAGGCCAAGGUAGAGGAUGAUGAUGAAAUUUCAUCCCAAGACGACGAGAGCACCUUUGACGACGAACAGCAAAAUAACGAUCCGCUCAAACAGAGAACUAUUCUGUUGAAUCGCGAAGUAAAGGACAACCCAGAAAACACAGGCGCAUGGUUCCAGUUAAUAGAUCAUCAAGAUACGCUAGUGCGUGCGGGACGCGAGCGUGAAUUGCUCUCAGAUAAUGAGAGACACAGCUAUAGCGAGAUCAAAGUUGAUCUUCUGGAGUCAGCGCUUCGCCAUGCCCAACUUCCAUCAGACCGCGACCGAAUCGUCCUAAUGCUAAUGCGCGAAGGGCCAAAGGUUUGGAGCCACAAGGUGUCGGCGAAAAAAUGGGCAGAGCUAGAAAGUUCGCCACUAUCCUAUGAUUUAUGGAAACUGCGCAUUCGAUUCGCCAUGGCGGACAUCUCAACCUUUCAGCACGCCGCUGUCAAGGCGAUGUUUCUAGAUAGGCUACAAGUGCUCGUCAGUGCCGAUAGUUCGACGCUAUCCCUGUCAACUUUCCAAGAAUCUAUUGACAUUUUUCUUCGUAUGACCAGAUUUCUUUACGAUUGUGGUUACAGAGAACUGGCCAUAUGCGCCUGGCAGGCUAUGAUUGAGCUUGUCUACUUCCGACCCGAUAUUGAGCACUCAUCGGCUGAAGUUCCGAGCAUAUUUGGAGAUUUUUGGGAAAGUGAAGCUCCCAGGAUAGGGGAAAUUGAUGCAACAGGCUGGAAAGAGUUUGUCUUAAAACAUGGGCUGAUUGACCCGCCUGAGCCUGCAGCCGCGUCUCACCUUGAGAACAAGACAUCUCGUGAUGCAUUAAAGGCCUGGGGACUUCUUGAAAGCAAGCUUUCUGAACUUUCUAGAACUCCUGCUAGAACAUUGGACGACGGGAACGAGAUGGAUCCUUAUCGCGUGGUCAUGUUUGCUGACAUACAACCGCUGCUCUUCUUCAUCCCAUCGCAACUUGUGCAACAGCUCUCAUCGCAGAUUAUUAGCUCUUUUCUAAUCUUCUGUGGCUUUCCACCGUCUUCAAAGACGGGAAACCCGUACAUACAGAGCGCUCUGAACGAUCCAAUACUCUGUGUGUUGCAUCUGUCCCACGCACCAUCAUCAUUACAACAAGAGGAAGAGGUUGAAAGCCGACAGCCACAUACUUCUAGAAGUAUCUUUCACGCCAGUCUCUCUACAUCGCUGAUAUUUGGGAGUCCCAAAUGGCCUUCUGUACUAUCCAAUCCAGCGCAUGCAUCAAAACUAGACAGCUCAGUGGUCAUGCGUGUACUCAACAGCCUUUCAAGCUCUAUACCUGACGCCCAGCUUGCCACAUACAGUCUAGGACUAGUCUCUUUGCUUACGCCAUCGUUAACGAAAAAGGUAGCCAAGACACUACUGAAGCAAUAUCCCGAGGAGGUUACACUCUACACCAGCUAUGGUCUGGCAGAGUACAGUCAAAAUCAUCUUGACGCAGCUGACAAGAUUCUACAUGCCGCUUUGGCAUCUACACAAAUUUUGAACGGGCGAGGUGGUAUGGGGUUGAUAGCAGCAGCUGCAUCUAUCAAAACAGAAGUUGGUCACCACCUCAUAGCAAAGCAAAUACUAUGCUCGGUGGGUGCUACCUUUUCGGCUGGUCACAAUGCCGAGCCAUCAACCAACGAUAUCCUCAAAGCGGAGCAGACAUAUCAAUCGAACUUGGAGACAUAUCUUGGAGCCAAGGAUUUGGAUACUGCAUUGCAAAAUGCUGAGUGUCUUACUCUUCUGUGUUAUCUUACAGUCCAGAGCAGCGCGGAGCCUAUGAGUUCCUCUCAAGGAAACAUUUCGGCCGCCAUGAAUAAGGUUUCUGAUAUCUUAAGCCUUCUUAGAGCAGAGGACUUUGCAACACCUUCAGCGGAAGCCUUUGUUCAGUUUGCAGUAAAACUGCUUUAUUCACAUGCUUGUAAUGGGCCAUUCCGUCGUGCCUAUCUCAAGGAUCAACUAACAAACUUGGUGAACCUCUUCCCACAGAAUACGAUGGCAUUGGCAGUGUUUGAAUGGGUAGACACUGGAAUGCGCAUUAUGGACGAGACAAGAACUUUGCUUGAAACAAAAUGGUUGACACAUCAGGUAGACUGCCUGGCUAUCCGAGUCUUUGCUAUUGAGCAUGAGCAGCUGCGAGGCAACAUUCAUACAACUAGAUCAGCCUAUGAACGGGCUGUCGCUAGCGACGCUGGCAAGGAUAAUCCUGGAUUGUGGAUUUCGUAUAUUCGAUUUUGCUUUAACCACAGACAGCUUCGAAGUAAGGCCCAAGACGUCUUUUACCGUGCGCUUAAACAUUGCCCAUGGUCCAAGGAUGUGGCAAUGGAAGCAUUUGCGACCCUUAUCCGGGAUAUGAAGUCAGCCGAUUUACGAUCCAUCUACGAUAUGAUGGUGGAGAAGGGGUUGCGAAUUCAUGCGGACUUGGAUGAGUUUUUGGAAAGCCGAAAGGAGUAG